AUGUUCAGGAAACGGUAUCACGAGGAACUAGCCCGUCUCCAGAAACGAACCCUUGCGAUUCACGAAGUAGCUUCACAGGAUGGCGAGGACGCAGAGUUGAAGAGCACUGGGUCCACAGACCAGGCCUCUGAAUUGGAGGUGACGAUGUCAGCGCCGAGACAUGGUGACUGCGCUGCCUCCACUACUUCCUAUCAAACUGCCCACAGCUUUCUUUCUCCCUCGACAACCACUCCCACUUCUCCUGCUUUCCACACUCCUAUUGUGCAUUUGCAGACCCCUUCCGUCCUCGAUAUCUCUGAAGAACAUGAGCCAAGCAGCAUACUUGAGAACCCUACCUCGACUGGAAACAUCCACACAUCUCCUUCUCAGGGCAAGAGUCCUCAAGAUAUCGACCACGGCACCUCCAUCAUGGAAGCCAUAUCUCACACCCCUGGAAAUAUCUACAAGAACCACGAUAUCCAUCCUUCUGAAGAGAAACAACAACACGAUCAUACCAGCAUACCAGAUCUUCUCGAAGAGAGCAACAUCCAAGCUGAGCAGACUGAGACGAGCACAAACAUUAAGCCGUUCAAACAGUUCACAGACCUUCGCAAGGAAUCGCGGACUGAACCGACUACACAACCAGCAGACAGCAACCUCAAGCUUGAGCAGAGAAACACCAACGACGAGGAAAGCCAGUCGGACACUGAAGUUUCGAUCACUACUGCGACACAAGCCGGCGAAGAGCCAGAGUCCAGCAUGAUGUUUGAAACAAAGCCCCUUUCGAAGAAGGCAAAGAUAAAGAAAUUGAAGAAGAGUCGUAAGAGGAGAUUUCGAGGCAAGAAGCAUCGCGCUUCAGACAACUCGCCAGACAAUGCUUCGAAGUCUGAUACCGAGACAGAUGAAGAAAGCGAACACGAUGAGGCGGCGGAUUCCCCGCGGGCUUCCCAAGUCCAGUUUGAGACCAGCCAUCUAGCCCCAUUGUCCGAAACAUCUCCUGGACCAUCAUCUGCUAUCAAGAAAGGCAAAGGCACGAAGCGCAUUUCGAACAUUCUUAUCCCGGUUCUGCAGAAGUCAUCUACUGCAACCGAGGGACCAUCGCCGCCAUCUGAUCCCAAAACUGUCCCACAAGGACAAGAUCUGGUCCGUGAGGACCGUGAAACGAGAACGACACCCACAUUGACGGCGUCACCAGAAGAAGCCACGCCAUCGUCAACCACCACACUACUAGCCACCCGCGGUGAUGACGCCCCGACGUGCAGCCCAUCCAGGGGCAUGGGACUUAGCCAGGACAAACCCAACGCAGCAGGCGGCUACCUGAUAAUCCAAACGCCGCCGGGGUUUGUCUGGGAGCUGACUUCCGUCAGCUUCCCAUGCGCCAAGAUAGACUGCCGUCAGGCGUCUAACCUGUGGGAUGGCCAGUCGGUGAUCUGCCCGAAGUGUGGGCCGUACUCCCUGAUCCGCUACUGUGGAAGGGAUCACCUUCGAGAGGACGUGUCGCAGCACUGGAACCACUGCGACAAAUACUCGUUCCAGCAUCCCUGCGUGCCGGGGUCUGUCCCACCGGAAGUUUUGAGCGGAUCGCCUCAACUUCCAUGCCGCCACCGGUGGGACAGCCCUGAACGACAUCGCCAAGCGAUGUUGUUUAGCACGGCACGCAGGGAGGACAGCGACUACGUCCUCUUUGCGGAGUGGCCCCUCGCUACCGCCGCCGGAGGUGAUUCUAGGGAGUACAGGCGUCGUUGUUCGCCUCAGGCGUUCCUUGCGGUUCGGUGGGCCGAUCCCGUGGCGAGAGAUCGGUUUCGCCGAGUGCUGGCGAUCUGCCUUUUCUCAGCCCUCGAGGUGCAACCCCUCGUUGGCUUCAUGUUCCGUCUUGUGCGCGACAACCUCCACCUUCGGGGCCUCUGGUCUGUGGAGGUUGACCACAUGCUGCGAUCUCAGAUUCGUCGCGAGCAUGGCGUCAGCCUCCAGCCGCCCAUUAAGGGACAGCACCAUGCCUCCGAGGCGGAGUGGGUUGGUCUCGACACUCGUUCCCGUCGAGACCCAACCUACGUGAACGACAUCCCGCUCUUGGGCAGCUUGGGAGGUGGGUUCCGGCGCCUGUGCGACCUGAUGGAGUCCCGGUUUUGGAUUCUGCGGGCGAGCCGGACCACCCACCCUUUUGUCCAGAGUGUGGAUGCUCGGACGCGUGGAGAGGGUUUCGUGGGGGUCCGGGGAGAGGAGCGCCGGACCUUCCGACGGGGUGAGGGUUGGGAUGGUGCCGGGACAGGACCUCUGGAGCUCGAGGCGGAGCCCUAG